CCGGAUAGCGGAAAGAAAACCAUGAACAUGACAUAUAUAUCAUUAACUAUGAUGGCACUAUGACAUCGGGAGAGAUAUAGUUCACAUGUAGCCAGUCCAAAAACUCUACAAUGAAUAUGAGUAGAGUUCGUUUUUCUUCUGAAGUUUCCACGGACGAAGACACUGCUUCCCAUCAAGACAACUAUCACGUCGAAGUAUACGAUGAAGCUCCUAUCGUUCGUGGUAGUAACCUACGCGUGGUUCAAGAUUAUAACGAUACCUUCAUGGAAGAACCAGAUAUUUUAGCGCAGUACGAUGACUUCCAUACUAUCGACUGGGUUAGGGAUAGACAAAGGGAUCGUACGAGGUUUCGUCGCAUGAAACGAUUGAAGCAUGGGACAAUAUGGGAGCGAAUAAAGCAGGCAAAUGAUGCAUGGGGUGGUUGGCUCGUGGUCUUUCUCGUGGGACUAUCAGCUGGACUGUGUGCUGGAGUCAUCGAUAUUGGAUCAAGCUGGAUGUCCGACCUGAAAAUUGGAGUUUGUCCUGCGAAUUUUUGGUUUAAUAAGGAAAGCUGUUGCUGGUCAGAUGAUACUGCCUUUGAUGGUAGUGAUGAUGACUGUAAACAGUGGAAAACCUGGGGUGAGAUUUUUACUGGCGACAGUAAUUCCUCAGCGUCGUUGUAUGUAUUGAAUUACAUUGUUUACGUACUGUCAUCACUGGGGUUUGCAUGUCUAGCUGUGGUCCUUGUUCGAUGGGUUGCACCUUAUGCAUGCGGCAGUGGUAUUCCUGAGAUCAAAACAAUACUAAGUGGUUUCAUUAUCCGUGGUUAUCUUGGAAAAAUGACUCUCAUGGUAAAAUCAAUGUCCAUGAUGUUGGCAGUAGCAGCAGGGCUUAGUCUUGGCAAAGAGGGUCCCCUUGUCCACGUAGCUUGCUGUUGUGGUAACUUCUUCUCUUAUGUGUUUGCAAAGUACCAUAGAAAUGAAGCCAAGAAAAGAGAGGUGCUAUCUGCUGCAGCAGCUGCUGGUGUAUCAGUCGCAUUUGGAGCUCCUAUUGGAGGUGUUUUAUUUAGUCUUGAAGAGGUCAGCUAUUACUUUCCAAUGAAGACACUAUGGCGGUCAUUUUUCUGUGCAAUGAUAGCAGCUUUUACAUUGAAGUACAUGAACCCUUAUGGCACUGGGAAUCUUGUCAUGUUCUAUGUUGAAUACGAUACCCCUUGGAAACUCUUUGAGCUUUUACCAUUUGUUUUUCUUGGAGCAGUUGGAGGUAUAAUAGGUGCCAUAUUCAUUAAAGGCAAUAUAUGGUGGUGCAGAAAAAGAAAGAACUCCAGAUUUGGUGCGUUUUCCAUUGCUGAGGUAUUGUUGGUAGCCGUGGUAACAGCCUUCUUAGCAUUUCCUAAUCCAUAUACAAGGCAGAGCAGUAGUGUGUUGAUACAAAAUCUUUUCAGACAGUGUGGACCAGAAGAUAAGUCUGAACUUUGUGAAUACAUCACUAAUAACAAAACAAUCAAUGUCAACGACCCUCGUUACCCAGGAGCAGAAGCAGGGGAUGGAGUAGUCACUGCUAUCUGGCAACUCUUACUUGCUGCAGCAUUUAAGUUGCUCAUCACUAUUUUCACUUUUGGUCUCAAGGUACCAGCUGGUUUGUUCAUACCAAGCAUGGCUAUCGGUGCUUGUAUUGGCAGAGUUGUUGGUAUUGGAAUGGAACGAUUAGCAUUUUCAAAUCCUGACUGGUUAAUUUUUUCAUCAUCAUGUGGAAAAUCUAUCAAUGCAUGUGUUACUCCUGGUUUGUAUGCCAUGGUUGGUGCAGCGGCUGUACUGGGAGGAGUUACUAGGAUGACUGUCUCUCUUGUUGUAAUAAUGUUUGAGCUGACUGGAGGACUGUCAUACAUUGUACCUUUGAUGGUUGCUGUCAUGAUAAGCAAGUGGGUCGGUGAUGCCUUCAUCAAAGAGGGAAUCUAUGAUGGUCAUAUUCAUUUAAAUGGAUACCCAUUCUUAGACAGCAAAGAGGAGUUCACGCACACUACACUUGCAGCUGACUGCAUGAGACCAAGGAAAAAUGACCCUCCACUGACUUGCAUUACACAAGAUGGAAACACAGUUGGUGAACUUGAACAACUCAUUGAGGAAUCUCAUUUCCGUGGUUUUCCAGUUAUAGUGGACCAAGAGUCUCAAAGACUGAUUGGAUUUGUUCUCAAUAAAGAUUUGAGAAUCGGAUUAAAACAUGCGAGAAUUAGAAAUGAAGAUAUAGUAUCUGCAUCCAAAGUUUACUUUACAGAGCAUUCUUCACUAUACAGUUCCCCAGGUCAAGCUGUACAUCUCUCACUUCGACAUAUCUUGGACGUGAGUCCGAUUCAAAUCACUGAUAAGACGCCCAUGGAAACAGUGGUGGAGCUCUUUAGAAGAGUUGGACUUCGACAAACUUUGGUCACACAUAACGGGCGUUUGCUUGGAAUCAUCACAAAGAAGGAUGUUUUGCGGCACAUAGCAACGUUAGCCAAUCAGGAUCCAGAGUCCAUCCUGUUCCAUUAAAAGUUUCCCAGAAAGCCAUUCGAGUGCACACUAUUAUUCACGAUGCAUGCGGCUAUCGAGUUUCAUUUCAAGGAGAUGUUUGUACAUUUUGUCAAACAUUGUGACCAUCUUUCGUGGGAAAAUGAUAUUCAUUAAAACUAGAAUGCCUUGUAGAUUUAAUAAAAAGCUACUGCUUAUGCGCAGUAAAUAUAACAAA